AUGAAUGUCACAUAAUCAAAUGUCUCAUCAUUAGCAUAAUAAAUAAUAAAAUAAAUAUUUAUUAUUAUUUAAAUAUUGGAAAUAAUAAAAGCAAAUUAAGUACUAAAAACAAUUGAAAUAAUUCAGAUUUCAAACCAAACUCUUAGUAUUUUAACUUUCUUAUAAAUGUUCUGGACCUUCUAGAAAUUUUAGUACUCAUUAAGUUUUACACAUUAGGGUAUUAAAAAUAAUAAUAUAAAUACAGAAAUUAAUUGCAUCUAUGGAUAAUAUUAUAGAGAAUUCUCUAAACUUCUGGUAACAACGACUUCACACAACUGUUAGAGAUCAAACUUCAAUCCUCAUUAUUCCGAAAAAAAAAACAUCAAUAGUAGAUAGAGUAGUAAUAAAAUCGGCUUGCUUCUGGAAUAAGAUGGCUGAUGAAUUCUUAGCUUAAAGUUCCACGAACAGAUCAAUGGAAAGCUUGUCCUCUUAACCAAAUAAACAGCAGAUAUCCGAUUGCUGAAUUGUUAUUAUAUUAUAAUUAAAUAAGAUAUGCCCUAUUAACUAGUAUCAGAAAAACAUCAUAUCAAACUACCCAACAAACAAAUAUUUAAAGUCUCUUUUAAUGUUUUAUAAUGCUGAGAAAGACUCCAAAAGUAAAUUAAGUAUUUUGUUCAUAAUUAAGUUAUUAAUUUUGGAGUGUUUAUGAUUAUUUCAUUAGUAUUUUCCUGUUCGAUUAAAGAAUUGGCAUUAUCAAAUUUUAAAAUUUAGAUACGUUAUUAAAUUUAAAUAUUAAAAGUUUAAAACAGAGAUCACUCAAUUCUGAAAACGGUACUUGGAUUAAAAAUAAUUACUCGAAUUAUAUAAAAUAUUUGAAAAUUCUCUUAACAAGUAUUGAAGAACAAUCAAUUUUUUUAUAUUGCUUUUCCUAAUUUUAUUAAAUUAAACUACAAAAUUUUAACAUGCAACAUCAAGGUGUAUUAAGAAUAGGAUCCUAAGAUUCCUUUUCUCGAAAAAGCCAAAUGAAUCAAUUGCACACAACCCCCAGUCAUCGAAAAACCUCGCAAAGUAAAUAGCAAUCAAUUGAUUAAAUACCAGAUAAUGCAUUGGAAAAAUUCUACCUAUACAAACAGAAAAAGAAUGACAUUAGAAUGAAAUAACAAUUGAGCAAAUAGACACAAAGAUCUACGCAGAACUCUAUUGCAUAAUAAAAUAAGUUCUUCAUUAAUGCCAAUUUCGUUAACAAUUAAGGUGGAUAAUAAAAGCGAUCUGCCCAAUCUGUCACGAUUGAAGCCAUGGAAUCAGUAAAAAGGACAAUCAAAACAGAUAUGGGCAAUCCUGCUUCAGUAUUAAGCAAAGCCAAAAGUUUAGGUCCGGAUGAAUAAAUGCAAUAAGUCAAACAUCAUAAUGUUGUAGUCAGAUUUGGAAAUUAAGACUUUUACUUCUAUUUCGAUUCUCAGUAAGUCUAUAGUUAUAUAUCCUUAGUCUUAAUAUGAGAUAAAUCUGGUUUCAAAUCUUACAAAGAUUACAUGAUUUAGAAUUCGCUAAUCCACAAGAAUGCUAUGCUAAUCUUAAAGAUAAACCAUCAGUCAAUUAAAUAGUUAGUUUUGUAUCUUAAUAACAUUCGAUCUCUAUAGAUUAUUACAUCGCAUAACCAGACUUAUCCUUUAAUGUGUUUAUGAAUUCAGGGUUGAAACUAGAAGCAUUCUUGUUAUAGGCUUCACCUGAACCAAAAGUGGGUCUUAAAGACUUUAUAUUUUUAAAAAAUAUCGGAGUAGGAGGUUUUUCUUUAGUGUAUCUCGUUAGAAAGAAGGAUACUGGAAAAUUCUACGCUUUGAAAUUAAUUGAUAAAGAGUUUAUUAUUGCAAAAAAGAAAUAGUAAAUUGUUUUAAAUGAAAGAAAUAUAAUGACACUACUCAACAGCCCAUUUUUAUUACAUUUAUCAUAUGCUUUUGAAUCGAGAUAGUUUGUAGUUUUCGUUUUGGAAUUUUGUCAAGGAGGUGAACUCUUUUUUCAACUUAAAUAGAUUAAAAGAAUGAGUGAAGAAUAAGCUUGCUUUUAUAUUUCAGAAAUUUGCUUGGUACGUAAAUUAAUUCUUAUUCUGAGGGUUUAUAAGAGAUUCAUUCUCUAAACAUAUUAUAUAGAGAUAUCAAACCUGAAAACAUUUUAAUGGACAUUGAAGGUCAUGUUAGAAUAGCCGAUUUUGGUUUAAGUAAACCUGAAAUUGGAAGAGAAGAAAAAGCAUACAGUUUUUGUGGAUCUCCAGAAUACAUGGCUCCAGAGAUGUUGCUAAAAUUGGGACAUUCAUAAACAGUAGACUUUUAUUGUUUGGGAGCAUUGCUGUAUGAAUUACUUACAGGAUUACCUCCCUACUAUUCAACAAAUACCAAUCAAAUUUACUAAGACAUUCUGUACUCUAAAUUGUCAUUUCCAAAUGAUGUAUAAUUUUACAAUUUUCUUAGUUGACUUUAUCUAGAGAAGUCAAAAGUUUACUGAUUGCACUUCUUGAAAAAGAUCCAAUUUAGAGAUUAGGUGCAAAUGGAGGUGUUUAAGAAAUUUUGAAACAUCCUUUUUUCUCUUAAAUCGAUUUUAAAUAAUUAGCACUUAAAAAAGUAAAACCUCCAUUUAAACCUGAUCCUUUAAAAAUGAAUUUAGACGAAAAGGAGUCUUAAAGAGGAGAAUAAGAUUUUAGAAAAAAAAUUGCUUAAGGUAAAUCUAUGAAUUUACCAGUAAUUUUUGGCUCUUCUUUUUUUUACGAAUCUCCUUAAGAAGCUCAAACAAAAUCUGUCUAUAAAGAAUGGAUUUCACAUACAAAUUUAUAGCCUAACACUCCAUGUGUUGCAUCAUAUCAUAGUUAAGGAAGGUAUUAAAAUCAAUUAAUCUAGAUCCGCUAAAUCCUAGGAUAUUAUUCCAUUGAUUUAGUCAGUUAAAAAUAACCCUAGAUCUCGGUAAAUGCUUAAUUAAAAACAAAAUUUUUAUAAGGCUUCAGGACAGAAACUCUCUUUAGAAAGAAUAAAUUAAGAAAAAAGGUUUUUUUCUAAAGUGUGAC